AUGCACGACCAAAUGCCUGUGGAAUUAGAUCAUAGGAGAAAAUCGACGAAGUACAAGGCCGAGGACGAGGCCGCCGCCGCCCGCAUCACCGCUAAGAACGGCCUCGAGUCGUACGCCUACAACCUCCGCAACUCGCUCCAGGACGAGAAGCUGGCCGACAAGUUCGACCCCGCGGACAAGUCCAAGCUCGACCCCGCCAUCACUGACGCGAUCUCGCGGCUUGAUGCGUCGCAGGCGGCCUCGAAGGAAGAGUACGAGGAGAGGCGGAAGGAGCUGGAGAGCAUCGCCAACCCCAUCAUGCAGAAGCUGUACGGCGCGGCGGGCGGUGCACCCGGCGGCUUCCUCGGCGGCGCACCGGGCGGCUUCCCUGGUGGCGCACCAGGCGGCGCGCCCGAAGACGGCCCGUCGGUCGAGGAGGUCGACUAG